ACACCCCCGCGCAUCCUGCAGAAACCAGAAAACGACACAAACCGGAUAAGCAACCCGCCGGCACUGCACUCCCUCAUCCUCAUAAACACUCUCUCAGUAAGAGCUCUCUCUCUCUCUCUCUCCCAAAGCCCAUUUGAACGGCUAUUAGGACUUUUUUCUAUCCUCAAAACCCUCAACCGGGGAAAAUAAGUUCUUAAUGCCUGUUUUAGUUUAUAUAUCUCUUUGAAGCAUGCUUUUUGGUUGUUUGUCUUUGGUUCUAUACAAGUAGGUUAAAAUUAUGGAUUUCAUGGUGCCCACAAAGCAAACCCCUGAAGGGUUUUGCUCAUUUUCAGAUUUUCAUAGGGAGGGCGCUAGAAGUGUUACUAGUUUUGGAGGUAGGGUUAGGGGUAGUUUUGGUUCCAGCUUUAGUUCAGCGAGAGUCCAUAUGGGCUGCAAAGCUCACGUUUUUGUCCUCUCUGCUGAUGGUAUUCAUGGUAAAAAACCUGAGGGGCCCCGGAAACAAAGGAAGAUUCGUGUGUUUGCUGUUUCCAACGUCGAGAAUUUUGGUUCAAAUGGUAGAUUGCAACAUGGUGAACAAAUCCCACAUGGGCAUUUGAAUGGCACAGAGUCCUCAUCGACCACCUCGCACAGUUUUGAGGAAUUUGAGGGUAAUAAUCAUCUAAGAAAGUUGGUUAGAAAUGGGGAAUUAGAAGAAGGGUUUAAGUUUCUCCAGGACAUGGUUUAUCGGGGUGAUAUACCGGAUAUUAUCGCUUGCACUAGUCUGAUCCGUGGGUUCUGUAAGAUGGGUAAAACUAGGAAGGCAACUCGGGUUAUGGACAUUCUGGAGGAGUCUGGAGCUGUUCCUGAUGUUAUAACUUACAAUGUUUUGAUUAGUGGGUAUUGCAAGUCUGGGGAGAUUGACAAUGCCUUACGGGUCCUGGACAGAAUGAGCAUUGCUCCAGAUGUUGUUACAUAUAAUACGAUUUUGCGAACUUUGUGUGAUAGUGGGAAACUGAAGCAAGCAAUGGAAGUUCUCGAUUGGCAGUUGCAAAGGGAGUGUUAUCCAGAUGUGAUUACGUAUACUAUAUUGAUUGAGGCAACUUGCAAGGAAAGUGGGGUUGGGCAAGCAAUGAAACUCCUAGAUGAGAUGAGGAAUAAAGGAUGCAAACCUGAUGUGGUUACUUACAAUGUUCUUAUCAAUGGAAUUUGUAAGGAAGGGAGGUUGGAUGAGGCAAUCAAGUUUUUGAAUAACAUGCCAUCAUAUGGUUGCCAACCCAAUGUAAUUACCCAUAAUAUUAUCUUGCGGAGCAUGUGUAGCACUGGGAGGUGGAUGGAUGCUGAAAGACUCCUAGCUGAGAUGCUUCGCAAAGGGUGUUCUCCUAGUGUCGUUACUUUCAAUAUUUUGAUAAAUUUCUUGUGCCGAAAGGGUUUACUCGGUCGAGCAAUUGACAUUUUGGAGAAGAUGCCUAAGCAUGGUUGUACUCCAAAUUCCUUGAGUUAUAACCCAUUGCUUCAUGGGUUUUGCCAAGAAAAGAAGAUGGAUAGAGCAAUUGAGUAUCUGGAUGUAAUGGUGUCUAGGGGCUGUUACCCUGAUAUUGUGACCUACAAUACGUUGCUCACAGCAUUAUGCAAAGAUGGGAAGGUUGAUGUUGCAGUCGAGAUACUUAAUCAGCUAAGUAGCAAGGGUUGCUCUCCUGUUUUAAUCACAUAUAAUACAGUGAUUGAUGGACUUUCAAAAGUUGGGCAAACAGCACGAGCUAUAGAACUUUUGGAUGAGAUGCGAGGAAAGGGUCUUAAACCUGAUGUAAUUACCUACUCUUCACUUGUAGGAGGGCUUAGUAGAGAAGGAAAGAUUGAUGAAGCAAUCAAGUUUUUUCAUGACUUGGAAAGAUUGGGUGUCAGGCCCAAUGCUAUUACCUACAACUCUAUCAUGUGGGGACUCAGUAAGGCUCAGCAAACCAGUCGUGCGAUUGAUUUCUUGGCUUAUAUGGUGUCCAGAGGAUGUAAACCUACUGAAGCUUCAUACACCAUUCUUAUUGAAGGCAUAGCUAACGAAGGUUUGGCUAAGGAGGCUUUGGAGCUACUGAAUCAGUUGUGCUCCAGAGGAGUUGUGAAGAAAAGUUCAGCAGAACAGGUGGUAGUCAGAAUGUAGUCUGUAAUGCGUUUCAUCUUUUGCUCUUGGAUGUCUGGUCACUGGUAACUUAUGCCCUUGGAUUUUGUUAGCCUCUUAAUGACUGCUUAAGACUCUGAAGUCCAUUGGUUUGUAAUUUUUUUUGUUGGGAGGAGCAAAAUCCAAAAUCAAUUUUGUUAGAUAGUCA